CAAAGCACAAGGUACAUAACCAAAGACAAAGCAAGAGGAUAAGAGAUUGUUCCUCCAAGUCGAUUUAUAAUUAAAGAAGAUCAACAAGAAGCACGAGAAGAGGUUUAUCAAGAGAUAUAAGAAACAUGAGGAGUAGCAUUGUGAAGAAGCUGUUGUGCUGUGGAGCUAAAAGCUUCCCAUCAGAGUCCUCAUCAGACGACGCUGUCCCAGAGGGUCAUGUUCGCGUCAACGUUGGAAAAGACAUUGUUUGCAAAUUCGAGAUGGAAGCAAACUACCUCAACCAUCCUCUCUUCGAGAACUUGCUUCGGCUCUCUGAGGAAGAAUUCGGGUAUUCCUACGAUGGAGCACUGAGGAUAGUUUGCGAUGUCGAUCUCUUCCAAUACCUUUUACACCUCCUCAAGACCAGUAAUCCCUCUGCCCAUUACAUGGAGCUUCCUGAUCUCAUUUCCAAGUUCUAUAGCUCCAAUGCCACACAUUUACCUGCUGAUCAAUAACACACAUAUAUAUACACCAAGUAUAUUCAUGUUUCUCUCUACUUUUUCCUGGGGGGUCAUCAAAAUUUUUUUUUCUUCAUUUUUUGGACUUUCUUUUUAGAUAGGGAUUUAUAUUCUGUCUUGAAUACACAUUCUUGGUAUGUUCUUUGACAUUACUUUGAUGUAAUUAAUGCUCGAAAUACAAUGAGCUAACAAACAACAACCAGCAUUCCUUUCGAAUUUCGGGUUAAUGGAAAUUUCAAAGUAGAUGAUCAUUAUGAUGGAAAGGGCAUGAAUAAUGAAUUGCCUCAAAAUAUCUGUUGUCCCAUGUCAAAGACACGAGGAUGCGCAUGAGCCCUGGUGCUCGCAAUGCAAGAGGGAAGUUUCUGAUGCUGCAAAUGAUGCAAUCUUCGGCACCCCUUCGAGAGGAAUGGAUGAACAAAGGCGAGGUUUUAGCAGUUAAAAAA